AGAGCUCAAAUCCCAGAGUAUUGCUCUGGCAGCGAGGCAGGCUGUCAUGUUGGAGGAGCUCUGUGCUGUGAAUGAGCUGCUGAGGCGUGCAGCUCCUCAGGAGAGGAAUAAAAACCACCCCGUGUCCAGAACACCUGCAGAGGCCUGAGAGCCAGAUAUCAUCCAGGAGAUGGACCCAGUAUGGACCACCACUGUUCUCCUGGUGCCAUUUGUAAUCGUGCUGACAGCUGGAUUUUUCUACUUCUAUGGUGUGAUUAUGGGUCUGUUGUCCAAAACAUCAGUACGCAAUAAAGUGGUGGUUAUAACCGACGCUUUAUCUGGGCUUGGAAAAGAAUGUGCAGGUGUGUUUCACAAAGGAGGAGCGAGGCUGAUCCUCUGUGGGAAGAGUUGGGAGAAACUGGAAGAACUUGCUGAUGAUUUAGCAAACGCCUCCGACCCCACUGUGACGUUUCCCUCUAAACUGGUGCUGCUGGAUUUCGGAGACUUGGACAGCAUGCCAGAUGUGAUCUCGGAGAUCCUGGAGUGUUACGGCUGCCUGGACAUCGUCAUUCUUAACAGCAGCAUGAAGGUCAAAGCACCUGCACAGAGUGUGUCUCUGGAGAUGGACAAGUUACUGAUGGACAACAACUAUUUUGGACCGACGACGCUGGCCAAAGGUUUGCUGCCCUCCAUGAUCUCCAGGAGAACCGGUCACCUGCUCCUGGUCAACAGCAUUCAGGGGAAACUGGCUGUGCCUUUUCGCACCGCAUAUGCAGCCUCCAAACAUGCUGUUCAGGCCUUCUUUGACUGCCUGAGAGCUGAAGUGGAAGAGUAUGGCAUCUCCGUCAGCACCAUCAACCACACCUUCAUCAGUCGCUCUGCUUCAUCUGAAAACACAGACGCCUCCAAAUCCAUCUGGUCAUUGUUCUACACAAAGAAACCUCUCGGCGUUUCUCCAGACGAGGCAGCGAAUGAGAUCGUGAAGACUUUAAGCAACAAGAGGAAAGAGGUGGUAAUUGCUCCCUCGCUCCCUAAGGUGGCCGUCUACACCAGAUCCUUCUUCCCUAAUGUGUUCUUCGCUGUGAUGGCGGCAGGAGUGAAGAAUGCUGCUGCCUCUGAGGACAUGUAGUGCUGCUGGUUUACAGCAUGCAGCCGUACUCUUUAAUCAUUGAGGAUAUUUAUGACAUGUUUUAUCACCAUUUCAUCCAGCCAGGCAAUCUAGAAAAAAUAUUGAUAUCUGUUGUUUGUCCUGUUGUCCCAUUAAAUCUUUUGUGAACCCCCAGACUGAAUUUAAACCAUGUGGGUCUUAAAGGUAUGACAGAAACACGGUCUUAAACUUAAACUUAUUAAUUACGUAAAAUGCAGAUUCUUUAAAAAAAAAGAAAAAUGUCUACAGAGCAUUUGGCCUGCAAAGAACAAGCUGACACUUCAUAUGUAAAGGUAUAUGUUGAUUUUCCACAGUCUCUCCAUAAGAAAGAAUCAUUUUCUAUAUAUAUUUACUUGAUAACGUUCAUAAAAUGAUCAUCAUCAGGGUGUGGAAUUUACAUUAAAAUAGUAGAUUAUAGAGAAAAUGUUGUAUCUGUUCUUGUAUGUGUGGAUUUAAAAUACAAAUAAAUGUAUUUAUGUGUAAGCCUGUUA